AUGCCGAAAACCAAGCUUUCUUCGUUUUUUCAAUAUGGACAUAAGAGGAGGUGCUUCAAAUGCCGUGGCUACUUCUGCGUCCGCUGCAAAGUUCCAUGGCAUAGUAGCCUAUCGUGCACUGGUUACAACAAGUUUCAUCCUAAUCCUGAAAAUGAUUUAAAGCUAAAAUCUCUGGCAAGUAGUAAAGGGUGGCGUCAAUGUUCUAAGUGCAAACACAUGGUUGAACGUUCUUCUGGAUGCAGACACAUGACUUGCUGGUAUCUCUCUCGACACAAUUCUCCUAAAGAGCUUCUCUGA